AUGGCGCCAGCCAGGACGAGGAGGACGCGUCAUUCCACCGAUAAUACCCUCAAUAUUCUCAACAACAGGAUUAAUACGCGCUCCAUGGGCACCAGGCGAACUACAGAUAUCUACGCUAUCCCGGGAAGCCAAGAGCCACGGCAACUAAGAUCUCGGAAGAGCGAGCCUGUCCCAGCAACAACCACCAACGCCACCGAAGAGACAGAACAACACCCCACGGAGGCCGAGCUGCAUCUUAGCCAGCAGCAUACUGAGAAAGACGAGGAAUACUUCGAGGCGCAAGAGAAUGGGAAUCCCGAUGAGGAAAGCAAUGAAAAUGAGGUGGAGCCGAUAGAUGCGUCGGAGAUACCCUCUGGAGUUGAGGAAACUCCAGACGAGCAAGUGAACGGGGUACUGGAUGGGGAAAUCAGGGAAAAUGACGAGAGGGACUCAAGCUCGGAGUCAAGCUCGGGGUCAAGCUCAGAAGCUGAGAAACCCCCGGUCCGAGCAUCUAGCCAGUUGGCUGCAGCAUCUGCCCAACUGGAAUCUCCGCGACAGUCUGUCGAGGUUGUUGUCCCUCGGUCGACCCGUAGCACCCGCCAGCAAACAUCCCGCCAGGAAGAUAGUGGAAACGCCAAACUCGAUUGGCGUGACGAACUGGGUCUCCGUGAUCCCUCCAGCAGCGAGAGCGCUGAGGAAGAACCCACUCGAGUUUCUGCAGACGGCCAUUUUCCCAACCAAACAGGCGAGGGUGCAGAAUCUUACAUGGUUCGUGCUGAACGGCGGUUGGGUCGCAGAACUCGCUCUGGGCGGCUUGUUCAUGUUCCCGAAAUGCAACAAAUAACUCAGGCAACCAAUGGCGGAGAAGAACGCAGCGAGGGCCUUGACGACGACGAUGAUAGUGAUGCAAACCUGGACGAAUGGCUGAGGAAGGCCGCUGAAGGGACACCAUUGGAACAACCCUGGAACAUCGUGCUCGCGACAAGAGAAGACCUGCGUUUACAUUGCCCGAGGAACAAGUUUCAAGCGCUCAAGGAUUCUUUGAAACUGGUCUCCGAGUUACGCAAGGACUACGACAAGCCGAGGCACAAUGCCGAGGGCCUCAAUUUGCAGUCUUGUCACAACCUGAGGGAAGCCCUCAAAGCUAUCCGGGUUCGGCUCUUCGACAAAGCAUCCUUUGGGCCCCAGAGCAAUCGUGGCAGUCGUGUCAUAAACCAAUUCGAAGCCGUUGUGGUACCCAGCAUGAUCAAUCUGGUGCUGGCCUGCUUCAAGGCUUACCAAAGCGUCGGCCAGCCUGCCUACCACGAGCUCUGCAGUAUGUUGGAACUUCUCCAAGAAACCUGUGACCAGAUUUCCAGACGGCGCAGUCAAGGGCACCCUCCUGGCCUUCUAGCUCGAUCCAGCAAACUUCACCGUCCCUUGAAGCGCAUCUACGAUGCAGUUCUAGGUCAGGAUAGCAGCAUCAAACCCAGGACACCCGUGGAUAGGCAGGGGUUCGUAGAUGUUGACGGUACCGACGUUGAUGACUGGGAUGCAGUUCUCCAGUCACAGGAACCCUGGAGCCCUCGCGAACUCAAUCACCUUUUGGACGGGCUCCGACAUUUCUCUGCGCAAGGCUUCUCUGGUCCUGAACUGUGCAUCCAGGUCCUGCGCCAUCGGGGACAUCUUCUUCCUCGGCGGACUCUGAUCGACCUUGUAGCCAAGUCUCAGGAAGUCCGGCGCAAAUGCGAGAGACACCGGCGCGCAGAGGGAUGGCUCGCCAGCCUGUAA